CCUUCUUGCCACCCUGGGCAGUGUCUGGGCCCUCAGCUCCCCCUCCUUCUAUCCAUUCUCACAAACGCACUACCACCGGCCCCAGUCCGGCCCCACAGCCACCAGCCCGGGAUACUCAGCCCAGGCGGAGGAAACACCGAGCCUAGAGACAUGGGAGUUCGAGGAGCAUUCCACCUUCUACUCGUGUGCCUGAGCCCAGUACUGGUGUCCUCUGUGCGGAUCAGUGGUGAUGGCCAGGAGAUCUUGUACCUGGCAGAAGGUGACAAUGUGAGAUUGGGCUGCCCCUAUGUUUUGGACCCUGAGGACUACGGCCCCAGUGGGCUGGACAUCGAGUGGAUGCAGGUCAAUUCAGACCCUUCACCUAGGGAGAAUGUGUUUCUUAGUUACCAGGACAAGAGGAUUAACCAUGGCAACCUCCCCCACUUGCAGCAGAGGGUCCGCUUUGCAGCCUCAGACCCCAGCCAGUAUGAUGCCUCGAUCAAUCUCAUGAACCUACAGGUAUCUGACACAGCUACUUAUGAAUGCCGGGUGAAGAAGACCACCAUGGCAACUCGGAAGGUCAUUGUUACCGUCCAAGCUCGGCCUGCAGUGCCUGUGUGCUGGACUGAGGGCCACAUGGCACACGGCAAUGAUGUGGUGCUGAAGUGCUUUGCCAAUGGGGGCACCCCGCCUCUUUCAUACAAGUGGGCCAAGAUCAGUGGACACAUCCACCCCUACCGUGCAGGGUCCUAUCAUUCCCAGCACAGUUUCCACUCUGAGCUGUCCUACCAGGAGUCCUUCCACAGCUCCAUAAAUCAAGGCCUCUUGAACAAUGGUGACCUGGUGUUGAAGGAUAUCUCCCGUGAGGAUGAUGGGCUGUACCAGUGCACAGUGGCCAACCACGUGGGCUACAGCGUAUGUGUGGUGGAGGUGAAGGCCUCAGACUCCCGGCGUGUCGGCAUGAUCAUCGGAGCAGUGCUGGGCUCUUUGCUCCUGCUGGGUUGUCUGCUGGUGGGCAUCUGGGGGCUCAUCUGCUGCUGCUGUGGGGGAGCUGGGGCCAGCUGUGCCCGUGGUGCCUUCAGCUAUGGCAACGGCAGCGGAGGGGCCUGUGGAGACUUGGCUAAUGAGAUCAGAGAGGACGCCGUGGCGCCCGGGUGCAAGGCCAGUGGGCACGGCAGCCGCGUCACCCACCUGCUGGGGUACCCGACGCAGACCGUCAGCCGCUCCCUGCGCCGCAAGUAUGCGCCUCCGCCCAGCGGCGGCCCGGAGGACGUGGUCCUGGCGCCCCGCACAGCUGCCGCCGCCUGCGAAGCAGGCCCUUCCCCGGUCUACGUCAAAGUCACCAGCACCGAGCCCGCCGACUGCGCCCAGGGGUUACUGCCGGGCAAGGACGGCCUGUUGGUGUGA